UGUUCUGCUGCAGGAAAUAUGGAACUGCCCCUACGCGAUGGAGACCAUGCGGAGCUACGCCGAGGACAUCGACGGCGGUCGGUCGCCGUCGGUCUCGAUGCUGUCGGAGGUGGCCGCUGCCAGGAAGAUCACCAUCGUCGGCGGAUCCGUGCCCGAGAUGGCUUCCGGGCAGCUGUUCAACACCUGCUGCGUGGUCGGGCCUGACGGGGAGAUCAAGGCCAAGCACAGGAAGCUGCAUCUGUUUGGAAUUGACAUCCCCGGAGACAUCACUUUCAGGGAAUCCGAUACCUUCACUGCUGGGCAAGAACCCACUGUAGUUGACACAGACGUUGGACGGAUUGGUAUUGGGAUUUGUCAUGAUAUCCGCUUCCCAGAACUGGCAAUGCUGUAUCGAUCAAGAGGUGCACACUUGAUAUGCUAUCCUUCUGCAUUCAACAUGAGCACCGGGCAGCUCCUCUGGGACCUUAUGCAAAAGUCCAGGGCUGUUGACAAUCAGUUGUUCGUGGCGACCUGCUCACCUGCACGAGACCCCAACUCGCAGUCGGACUUCGUGGCCUGGGGCAACUCAAGCCUCAUCGGACCAUUUGGCGAGGUUCUUGCGGCGGCAGGGCACGAGGACGCGACCGUCAUCGGCGAGAUCGACCUGUCUUUGAUUGAAGCUGUGAGGGCGAACCUCCCUUUGGAAACGCAGGGUAGAGGGGAUCUGUACAGGUUGGUCGAUGUCGAGAGGGAAUGAACGUUCGAGCUAGCUGCGUUGCUCGAGGAGAUGGAAAUGCAGUGCAGAGAGCUGAAGAAGGCCACGUCUGCAUGUGUUGGUCACAUGCUGGGUUCAGUGACAGAGGACGGGGUUUGCAAAAUUGUGUAGUAGUGGCAUGCAAAGAUUCCGGAUGCCAUAUACGAUAUGUACCGAUACUGCAUGUGUGGUACGAACACAUGGGAACUCCAAAUAUUUAUGAUGCCAUAUACGAUAUGUACCGAUAGUUGCAGUAGCA